AUCCUUUUUCAUCUAUUCUUUUUCAUCUACCAAAUCCGACAAAGACAACCUGCUAGUGUUCUUCACUUUUGUCAAUCGUGAAUGUGUGAUAGUUCUUGGUAGCGUGGCUAGUGUUCAACCAAACUUGGUAACAUACGGAAAUCGUGGAUGUGUGAUUCUUCAACAUAAAUUGAAGCUAAAGAUGCCAAUAAUCAAAUGUUGUGUAUUGUAUGCGGUGUAGUAGAGUAUGAGAAUAAGAACACAUGGACAUGAUUUUUGAAAUUAUUGAUAGAAGACUUCGGAUUAGGAGAUGACAAAGAUUACACACUAAUUUUAGACGUGCAAAAGGUAUGUUUUUUUUGUUAAUUUACUUAUGUUUAUUGUUAUUGCAACAGUGAUAUCUAUUUGUUUAUUGCAGAGGCUUAAUGCAAUAGUCUUGGAUCUUUUACCAAAGAUGAAGCAUAGAAUAUGUGUAAGACACAUCCGUGCUGACUGGGCAAAAUGUUGGAGAGGUUUGGAAAGAAGGAAUAUGUGCAAGAAGCAUAUUUGAGGUAGAAUUGAAGGCAAAUCUAGCCCACAUGGCACUGCUAAGUAACAAAAAUAUUGUUCCUGAUUUACUUCUACAAGAUAGAAUAUUGGUGUAAAAUAUAAUUUAGAACUGAUGUUAAGUGUGAUAGCAUAGAUAACAAUAUGGUUGAGAGCUUUAAUUCUUGGAUCUUAGCUGCAAGACAUAAAACUAUUAUCGCUAUGCUUGAAGAUAUAAGGGUGAAGGUAGUGACUAGAUUAGGACAGUUCUCUCAAUUUUCAGAAAUAUGGUUAACCAACAUUUCUCUAAUGACAUUGACAAUACUAUAAAAAAUAUAAAAAUGUCAAUGAGAUGUCAUAUUGAUUUCAAUAGAGAGAGAGGAUUUGAAAUUUCUAAUGGACCUUAUGUCCAUACUAUUGACAUGAUGGGUAAAACAUAUACUUGUACAUCAUGGAUACUCAAGGGAAUACCAUGUUCACACGCCAUUGCUGACAUUCUUUACAAGAAAUGGGAACCCAUUGACUUUGUUGAUAGUUGUUACAGUAAGGAGACUUAUCUAAGAACCUACUGUCAUUACCUUCAACCAGUGACCAACAUAAACAUGUGGACUGAGUCAAGAAAUCCUCAUGUGGAACCACCAGUUGUCAAACCUAUGCCAAGAAGGCCAAGAAAGAUUAGAAAAAGAGAGGCUUGUGAGGCAUAAAAAUCUGAAAAAUUAUCAAGGAAAGGUGUUUAUAUGACUUGUAAUAUCUGUCAUGGAAAAAAUCACAACAAAAAAAUUUAUCCUUUAAAUGUAUGUAAUUUUAUCUGUUAUUCCAUUUUUAUUGUUUAAAUUUGAGUUAUGUGACUUGUUAUCUAUUUGAUAUUGUAUGAUUAUGAUGCUGCUGGACCACGUAAUGAAACAAGUACUUCUAUGGAACCUCCUAGACCUAAGGGAGGGACAAAGAAGACAUCUGCUACUGUUGAAGCACCUGCUACUGGUGGAGCACAUCCUAGAACUGGGGGAAAGCCAAGAAAAACAAAUUUUAAUCAUGAUGCACCUCCUAGACCUAGGGGAAGGCCAACAAAAACAACAAAUAAUGAUGUUAAUGUUGAGGAACCUUCAAGAGACAAUGGAAGGACUAUAGGCAGAGGUAUGACUUUUGAACCAAAUGUAGCAUUAACUAUAAGUAGAGGUAUGACUUUUGAACCUAUUGUAGGACUAAGAAGAGGCAUAGAAAAAACGACUACUAUAUCUAAAAGAGGGAUAGGCAUGGGAAGAGCUUCUGGAAUUAGAAGGGUUGCUGCUAUAGACACUUCUUCACCUAAAAAAGGAAGAGGCAUGGGAAAAGCUGCUGGAAUUGGAAGGGUUGCUGCUACAACAACUUCUUCACCUAAAAGAAGAAGUGGCAUGGGAAGAGCUGAUGGCAUUGGAAAGGCUGCUGCUACAGCCACUUCCUCACCUGAUAGAGGAAUAGGUAUGGGAAGAGUUGCUAGAAUUGGAAGGGUUGCUGCUACAACUACUUUCUCUACUGUAAGAGGAAGAGGAGUUGGAAGGCCUAGAAAAAUAUCUCUAAGUGGCAUAGGAAUGCCAAGAAGGGCAUCUUUGUAUGAGUUGUUUAAAAUCCAACAAGUUACACUACAAAUGUUCCACCAAACCCACUUGCUUCACCAUUUCAUUCUCAUUAUAGUGCAGUACCUAGUAAAACAUCUAGAAUAGUUGAAAUGGAAUUUUUCAAUGCUAAAAAUGGUUUUACGUUGUACCAAAUGGUAGUAGUCUAGAAUUUAAAGGUAGACCAUGUUAAUAACAUGUUUAGAAGGCCAAUGACUUGUGAAAUUGAAGGUAGACAAUAACUGGGUCAUAAUAGAAU